CCGUGUCCGUUCGUCCAAUCCAAUGUUACAGUUCCAUCCCAUUCCACUCCUCAUUGAAUGGAAAACACUUUUUCUGUUUCAAAUUUUCAACCUCAUUCAUUCAUUCAUUCAAUUUCUCAACCUUCAACUUCAAAUCUUUGGCUUCACAUUAACAACAACAACAUCAUCAUCAUCAUCAUGCUUAGAUCGCUCCCAAAGCUCUCAAUUAUCUUCUCUUCAACCAACAAUUCUCGUUUUCUUGUAAAUGCUACUCAGCGUUUUAUAUUUUCAUUCUCAACAACAACACCCGCUUCAAGAGUUAAAUUUGGAGUAACAGCCCGGGUUCCAAUUCGAUGCAUGUCAACCUCACCAAUUUCAUCACAGACUACAGCAGAAGAUCAAGUUCAACGGGUUAAACUACUAACCUCAACUGAUGAUAACUAUGGCGGCGUUAUUGUGGAAUUGGAUCAGCUUAUGGAUUCUACAGCAUUCGUCUCAAUUCUUAAAGCUUCAAUUUUACACUGGAAGCAGCUGGGCAAGAAAGGAGUUUGGAUAAAAUUACCUAUCCAUCUAGUCAGUCUUGCUGAAGCUUUAGUUAAGGAAGGUUUUUGGUAUCAUCAUGCAGAACCAAAAUAUUUAAUGCUUGUGUAUUGGAUUCCUGAAAGUCCAAAUACUAUUCCUGCAAAUGCCACACACAGGGUGGGCAUUGGUUCAUUUGUCAUGAAUGAAAAGCACGAGGAAGGUUUUUGGUAUCAUCAUGCAGAACCAAAAUAUUUAAUGCUUGUGUAUUGGAUUCCUGAAAGUCCAAAUACUAUUCCUGCAAAUGCCACACACAGGGUGGGCAUUGGUUCAUUUGUCAUGAAUGAAAAGCACGAGGUGCUAGUUGUUCGAGAAAAUAGCGGACUAUUUCAAGGAACUGGGGUCUGGAAAUUCCCUACUGGAGUUGUUGAUCAGGGAGAAGAUAUUUGUAUAGCAGCAGUUAGAGAGGUCAAAGAAGAGACAGGAGUUGAUUCAGAAUUUAUGGAAGUAUUAGCAUUCAGACAAAGUCAUAACUCAUUCUUUGAGAAGUCAGAUUUAUUCUUUUUGUGUAUGUUGCGGCCGCUUUCUUCUGAGAUCCAAGUGCAGAGGUUAGAGAUAGAGGGUGCACAGUGGAUGCCAUUUGUGGAAUACACAGCUCAGCCAUUCAUCCAAAAGAGUGAUCUUUUGAAGUACAUCAACGAUAUAUGUUUGGCGAAGAUUGAUGGGAGAUAUUCUGGAUAUACUCCUGUAUCUACAUUAUCAAACUUCUCUGAGCACAAGUUUUAUUUGUACUUGAAUGCUGGAGAAUUGAAAGAGUCCAACUCUUGAAAAACAUCACCAAAAGGUUAAACAACUAGAUAGGAUAUUCAAUCUUGGUUACAUUGUAAUGUUUUGAUUCAUUAAGUCAAUAGUGCUGGUCUUCAUCAGGUAAAUUACAUUGAUUUACCAUAAGUCAUAAGUACUGGCUUUGUCAUUUGAAAGCAAUUGCAGUGAUAA